UAGCACUACCAAGUCCUACGGCAUCUAGCUGGCGACGUAGCACGUACAACCACGAAAUGCUUCAGGACACCACCUGAUCUACUCUCUGGAAACGUUGCACAAGUACGAUUACCACAUAUGAUUCUUGUUUGCCGUCCCCUCACCUGCUCCAGAACCACACGGUAACAUGCACAAUCCCUAUGCACAUGUCCCCAAGCCGAGGUUCCUCAAGAAACGUCUCUAUCCUUUUGACCUAGAAGAAGUCAGCGUCCAAGAAAUUGACAGCAAGGCACCUCACAUCAAUGAGACCGACCUACCGUACAGGUGGUUACCACCCAUGAUCCGUUUCCUCCUCAAGAGACUAAUCAUCCGGCAGAUGUUCUCACGAACACAUCUGGUGUCCUCACCCACAUGGUCGCAUCCUUGAGCCUCGUUGACAUUGUUGGAGUCCCCGAAGGUGAUCCUCGCCUCAAGACCAUUCGAAAUCAAGAUCUUCAGGACACUAGCUCGCCUCUAUUUGAACUUUUAGAGGACAGUCAGCCUCAGUUUGCUACACCGGUUACUCAUGCCCCCACGACACCUGCAACAUCCGAGACACCUUUCACGGUCGUGAGUUCCAAACAGAAGCGAGUCCACCACCGAGGACGCAAGAGGACACCUUGUGCUUCUGUUACAAAAUCGGUGUGCCAGAUGAUGUCUGCAGAUUGCUACCAGAUUGAGUCCUCUUCCUCUGGUUCCAAUUGGAGCUCCGGGUCCUCUGCGGACAACACUCCUACUGGGGAUCAGUCCAAGAAGAAGCAUUUUGGUUUGGCCGGAUCCAACACAGUCCUGUCAAUCUGCAGCCCUUCUCUCUCAAAGGGCAGACGAAAUACACGUCGGGGUACAUGGACAGACCGCCCAGGUUGUACCUUCCGAUGAUACUGACCGCCCUUGGUCGUUUUGUCUAUCGCUGUACAGUUCAGACAUCCACUGUGCGCAGCAAGAACGACAGAGGCUCUCUCAUGGAUAGGGGAGCCAACGGUGGCACGAGUUACUGUAACCCACCAACAAAAAAUUGAUGUCACCGGUAUUGACAAUUAUGGGAUCUGAUCAAUGGGCUGAAGAUUGUGGACGCAGCCAGCAAAAUUGCUAUGCAGCAGAAGGGCCCAGGCAUUGGUGUCUUCCGUCAAUACGCUUACCACUGGUUGAGUCAAUAGUACCAUCCAUCCCGCCGGUCUUUUUCGAAUACUACAAGAAUCGGGCUGAAGACUAGUAGUUGGUGGCCGACAAUGCAUUCUUACCAAUGAGGGUUUCGUCAUUCCGCUUGACAACCUUUCUUCUUGCACGUCCCUGGCUGUGGAGAAGAUCCGUCACACUUUCAAGGGCGCUACCCAGUCAGUACGUCCGGAACAUCACGUCCGGCCACCAUAUCAAACAGACAGUCAAAUCCCCGUUCCCUGCCCACAACGGGGAUUUGACUGCCUGAGCGAGCCUGUCGCUGCUGAUGAUACCAUUGAAGGUGCAGUUCCCGUCAUCUGUUUUGAGGGCAAACCCAUGCCCAGAUCUUUGUCGGACGCAAAUCAAUCGCUUGUCAUCGAUGUCUUUGGGAGCGAUGGCCAAUAACAAGAGGGAGUUCGUCACCACCCUUUGAAGAUGUCAUCCGAAGAAGGGGAGCCAUGGACAAGCAAGCUCAUCUCCGACAGUGCUUGCUUUGAAGGAAAUUUCCAAACGAGUCGAGUCAGAGCAAUUUUGCGCUCACUUUGCACCGACGAUUGGCAGUGUGAAGCACACUACCAACUCCAAAACUUUGCAUAGCACCGAUAGCAUAGAAGAACCACGCGAAGCGCAACCUCAGCUGGUUCAUGAACUACAACUAGAAACAUGGACAACGAAGCAUGGCUACUCUGCCUGGAAUGGAUUGCUGAAGUGAUGAACCUUACGUCGGAGAAGUCUCUAGGAUGGAGUGCACUCUGCUAACUAAAAGCUGGGGCCAUUGCUAAAGAUUGAGGUGUGUUGGGAGCAAGAAUGGGAAACUCAUGUUUGGUUGGUGGUGUCGUGGAGUGUGACGCUUUGCUUUGGUGGAAUUGUGACCGUCGUUGGAUUGUAGCUGCCGUCGUUGGAAUGGGAUGUUGCUGUCGUCGGAAGGGCUAUUGACUGUCGUCGGCGCCUGUCGGUGGAAGGAAGUGUGGACUGUCACUGUUACUGUUGGAGGAAUUGCGGGCUGUCUGUCGAGUGGCUGUUAAUUGGUGGAUUGGAAGAAUGGCGUCACACCGUGGUUCACUGGAUCCAUGCAAAGCCGCCGCAAAACUCAAAUUCAAACCCAUACGGGUCGUGUUCUUGGUCUGUUGCUUGAAGGCUGUUGCUCGAAGGCUUGGCUGCUCAUAAAAUACGCCAAGAUGGUUAGGCAGUAAGUACUGUACCAAGAGGUUGGUUACGUUGAAAUGAAUGAAGAGGCUCACCACGCGGAUGAAGGAAGAGUCAUGAUCUUUGAUCGCAAUGCUCUUUCUGACAAGGAGGUCCAUGAGGUGCUUACAUCAGCAGCCACUCCAAUGUCAUCUCUGUCAAGUACACCAUGGACGCCAUUUAUUUUAAAAUAAGACAACCAAUGAAGACGGUCGGAAGGUCAUCUGUUUCAACCGCAAGAUCGUCGACGACAAGAAG